AUGAAUAUCCUCCCGAAGAAAAGUUGGCAUGUCCGCACAAAGAAGAACAUCGAGCGAGUUCGUAAGGAUGAAGCGGAAGCCGCGGCUAAAGAGAAGGAGCUUCAGAAGAGGGCCAAGGUCGCCGAACUUGAAGCUUCUUUAGACGUUCUCAGAAAGAGAAACGCUGACAAGUGCGACACCGCUAGAUCACCCGACGUCAUCGACGUCUCCAUCGUUAACCCUAGUGGCAGCAGCGGAGCGGGACACCUGAACCUCUUCCGCGACAUCGAAAUUCACGAAGGGAAAUUCCACGGGACCAACGCCGAGGCUGAACUAGACAAGAAGCGUGAGGUUGAGGAUUGGGAGAAGAAAGUCGGAAUCCUUCAGUACCUGGGCCAGAGCACUAGCGAGGAGCAGCGCUUCUACCAGAAGAAUGAGAAAACCGUCGAAGCUUCAGCUGAGCUAAGUGCUAAACAACAACGCAUGAAGGACGCUCUUGAUCCGAUGGCUAGUUUCCCGAAAUACGCCAAAUCUCAGUUGCAUAUGGUACCGAAGAAGAGGAAGGUCGAGGAAUACGCAGCCGAGAAGAAGAACGAUUUUGUCUCCCCGGUAGCGGCCGGAUCUUCGAGGGAGAAGAGUCGGAGGAAAGGCCGAAGCGCCUCGUACUCGUCGAGCUCGGGUGAUACUAGCGAUUUGUGCAGGAAACGCAGCCGGAAACGUAGGAAACAUUCGAAGCAUAAGUCACAGACGAAACGCAGGAAAUCGCCUUCGUCCGAGUCUGACCCGGAGUCAGAAGAAGAGCGCAAGCAACGGAAAAGAGCAAACCUAGAAAUUCUCCGCAAACAGAGACUUGAUCGCGAGGAACGAGAACGCAAGCGGACUCAGGAGUUCCUGGACAGUCUUGCAGCAAGAUCCUCGCACAAAGAAGAGGAAAGAGUUGAGACCGAUCGUAACCGCAGGUACAACUCGCAGUACAACCCACACCUGGCUAGGUAUUGAGCAGAAUUAUGGAAUGAUCAAACCACCUCGAGCGAGGCGUCUUCAUUCAAGCUUAUUGGGAUACGAAUAUCAAUGACGAGAAAUAUUGUAAUACCGAUACUAGGAUCUAAUAAAUUUAUUUAUUGUUU